AUGGAUUACAGAAGGGGUCUACUGGUCACAGACCCAGGGGCUCAAGAGGACAGGGAGACCCCCACCCCAAGCUCUCCCGCUGUGGAGGGAGCCUACAGGGAUGUUGUCAGCAUCGUGUCUCCAGGACAGCAGUUUCUGACCGAGGAGUCCCUUCGCUCCCUCUUUAAUACACUGGAGAAACGUGUGCAGUGCGGUGAAGUGUCGUGUGAAAAGUGUGAUCUAACAGAUGCCGUUCACCAGCUGAUCAGCAAUCAUUCCAUCCACGGAGAGGGCGACACCGGAGAAGCCAGAGGAAAUGUAACCAUCACUGUAUCUCAGUUCCCUGACUUUGCUGCCGGCUGCGUCCUGUACCUAGCUUCUCCUGGCCUGGUCUGCGCCGCGGUAAGGCAGGGGAGGUGGGGAGAGGAGACCGAACAUUUCCUGCACAAAAUCACACAUCAGGACCACCACCAACACCGGCAUGAGAAGAGCGGGGCACGCCACGACCACGAACACAUCGACCUUCAUGGAUUAGAAGCUCUGCUUCAAGAGCUUCACGACCACUACGAGCCAUCACACAGUGAGAGCUGUGUAGCAGCCAGUGACAUCAUGACAGAGGUCAACGCAUCAUCACCAGACCAGAGGCAGGAAGUGGGUGCAGCUUUGGGCCGCGUCCUGUAUCACGCUCUGCAAGGUCACUGCUUCAUCACCCAGUCCCUGCCUGAGGAGAGCUUCUUCCUGGACUUCAUCAUGGAGCGUCUGGGGUCAGAGAACUUUACUGUCGGAGAUCUGGAGGCUCUGAUGCAGAGUCUGAACAUAGGGCCUGCGCAUGAACAUGAGCACCACCACCAGGAGGACGAACACACCGAUCACGAUCACAGUGGUGCAAGACGGAGGAAGAGGAGCAGCCAUGAACAUCAUGUGGGGCACGAAGGAAACACCACCUUGGAUCAGCGCUGUUUCUCGGCUGAAGAACUGGUCCUGAUCUUCGGUCUGGCAGACAACAGCUCUGCCUCCUCCGGUCUGGGCCGGUCUGACGUGGCUCGGCUCAGCCCGGCAUUGGUCCAGCAGAUCCUGAGCGGAGCCUGCGCAGACAUCACAGAAGAAGCGAAACAAGAUGGGCUCACAAAGACUGAGAGAUACCUCUAUGCAACCCUCGCCAACAUGGUGAUAACACUGACGUCCAUGUUUGGUAUCGUGGUGCUGCUGUGUACCGCCUGCACCAGUGUGUUCCAAAUGUGUAUCCAGUUUUGCAUCAGUCUGGCUGUAGGUUCACUGACUGGAGAUGCUUUACUGCACCUGCUUCCCAUGGUGAGCCAGUUAAACCGUUUUAAAGCUGCAGGGAGAGAUUGUUUCAGACCACUAGGAGUUUGUUAA